CCAAAAAGCUUGAGAAGCAGAGUGCUAUAGCAGAAGAAAGAAACAGAAAAAGUUUAUCAGAGGAGAAGAAGAAGAAUGGAAGCAAUAGAAACGAGUGAUGAAUCUUUGAGAGGGCAAGUAGAAAUAUGGCAACACAUGUUUAGUUUUGCAGAUUCAAUGGCAUUAAAGUGUGCGGUUGAACUCCGUAUUGCCGACAUUAUAAACACUCACUGUGGCCCUAUCACCUUGUCCCAAUUAGCUUCAUCGAUUGGCUCACCCUUCCCAGGCAUCUCUUACCUCUCACGCAUCAUGAGAUUGCUUGUCCGCAAGAAAAUCUUCGCUGCAUAUCAUGAUUCAAACGGUAAUGGAGAGACCCUUUACGGGUUAACCCACUCAUCCAGAUGGCUUUUACGUGACUCCGAGCUAAGCCUAGCACCAAUGAUAUUAAUGGAGAAUCAUCCAUUGCUAAUGGCUCCCUGGCACUGUUUUAGCCAAUGUGUGAAAGAAGGUGGUAUCGCUUUCAAGAUAGCUCAUGGCAAAGAGAUCUGGGACUUCGCUUUACAGAAUCCUGAAUUUAACAAAUUGUUCAACGAUGGAUUGGCAUGUACGUCAAAGAUCAUUGCCAGAGCAAUCAUAUCAGGAUACAAAGAUGGAUUUAGUAGUAUUAAUGGAUCGUUAGUGGACGUAGGAGGCGGUACCGGAGAACUUAUUAAUGAGAUUGUGAAAUCGUAUCCACAUAUUAGAGGAAUUAACUUUGAUUUGCCUCAUGUUGUUUCCACAGCACCCAAGUUUGAUGGUAUCUCUCAUGUUGACGGUGACAUGUUUCAAGCCAUUCCUAAAGCCGAUGCUGCUAUAAUGAAGUUUGUAUUGCAUGAUUGGAGCGAUGAAGAUUGUGUGAAGAUUUUGAGAAAUUGCCGAAACGCAAUUCCAGAGAAAACAGGAAAAGUUUUAAUUACUGAAGUUAUUGUAAAACCUGAUGGCAAUGACCUGUCUGAUGACACGGGUUUGGAUUUUGAUUUACUGAUGAUAGCUCACAGCACAGGUGGAAAAGAGAGGACUGAGGUUGAAUGGAAGAAGAUAUUAGAGGAAGCAGGAUUCCCUCAAUAUAAUAUUAUCAAUAUUCCGGCAAUACCAUUCAUUAUUGAAGCAUUCCCUCAGUAAAUGAAAUGAAACGCAGAUGGUGUUGUUAGUGUAAAAUUAAUUAAUUAUUUUCUUAAUUAGGUGUGGGUUUGCUUAAUAACUUAUCUCUAGCUAUUGUCAUGUGUAUUU